AUGGCUCGCGUUGCCGCCGACAAUGUAGAGAAGAUUCAAGAAAAUGGGGAACUGAGAGGCUACUUUAGAGACAUCUCUUGCGAAGGCGUAGACUGUAACUCCGUCACCUUGAAUUUCUGGAUGAAGAACAACGGAGAGUGUGGAAUGUUCUCCGCAGUUGGACAUAAAGCAGAUGAUCCCGACAUCUACAACAUUGAUUUCUCAGGAAAAAAUUACUUCACCUUUUGCCAUCAAUCCAAGUACAUGUUGGUCCUCUGCGCCACGAACACCGAUGCAAAUGGACUCGUCACAAAUGUGGUAGAAGCUGCCGUAAGACCUGGCCACAAAUUCAAUUGGGCAGAUCAGAUUGUGUACACAAACUUGGUAAAGCAACACGGUAUCAACGAAGAAAACAUCUUGAAUGUCGAAUCAGCAGGCAGAUGGAAUCCUAUUCGGAAGUGUCUUGGUCAGUGGAGAAAUAAGAUCAACUAUCUCGAGGAUGAUACUUUUCAUUAUAUUGAUUAG